AUGCCCCCCGAGUUCUCUGAUAUCCCUGCGGCAGUGAUCUAUGCGCUCCUCGACUACCGUCGUAGAUGCACUGACGUGGUCCUCCUCGACUACCGUCGCAGAUGCACAGACGCGGUCAUCGCUACUCUGAACGACAUGCACUGGAUGGCGUUUGGCCGUCACAGCAGAGCGUUAUCCAGAGCUCCUUCUAGGAAUCCCAGGACCCAUGACUCAUGGGCAUGGCUGUCCUGCCGAAACCCUCACGAUCGCUACGAGAAAACUCGAGUGGACGGGCACACGCUUAUCGUGAAGGUGUGGAUGAAGGACUACCUCGCGGAAGUGUCGAAGACGCUUCGGUCGUCGGGACCGAACCCUGCAGCUGUCUUGAAGCGUGCCGCGCUCCGGCAGGCUGCGCAGAGCUCGGCGCUGGCCGCGUUGCUCAAGGGCAUGACCCCGAAGCCUUAG